AUGAGCGCUGCGGAAAACUCAGAAGCCGACUCAAACAAACUGGAGUCUGUGAUUCAGAGGCUGGAGGAGAGUGUUCUGUCUGAAGAGAAGAGGCUGACUGUCAGGGGCCCUUCACCUGAUGCCCCCCCUACAUGUCUGCCAGCCCGAGUCAGAGAGAUUGUCACAAAGAACCUCAACGAAGGCACAGGGGCCAUGUCCUCCGUCAUGUCCCUCCAGGAGGAGAACCGGGUGCUGCAGGAGGAGCUGGCCCGGCUCGAGGACCUGCUGGCACACAGCAGGGCCGACCGCGAUGAGCUGGCCAUCAAGUACGGCGCAAUCAGCGAGAGGCUGGAGCAGACGCUGCGUUUGGAAACAGGCGACAGCGAGCAGGAUUCACCGGAGUCCCGCAGCCUGGCACAGCAGAACGUGGACCUGCGCAGGCGACUGGAUGAGGAGCAAGCCGCUUAUAAACGAAAACUCACCGCUUACCAGGAGGGGCAGCAGAGGCAGGCGCAGCUGGUGCAGAGACUCCAGGCCAAGGUGCUUCAGUACAAAAAGAGGUGUGGGGAUCUGGAGCAGAUGGUGCAGGAGAAGUCCUCGGAGUUGGAGAGACGCAGUGUGGGUAGUAACGGUGAAACAUCAAAUGGUCGACCUCAAGAUGAAGCAAGUAGCAAUCUGGAAGAUGCUUUGAUUCGUCUUGAAGAAGAGCAGCAGAGGAGCAGCAGUUUGUCGGCCGUGAACGCGAUGCUGAGGGAGCAGUUGGAGCAGGCCGGUUUGGCCAACGAGGCUCUCAGCCAGGACAUCCGCAGGCUCACGGCUGAUUGGACAAAAGCCAGGGAGGAGCUGGAGCAAAAAGAGGCGGACUGGAGAAGAGAAGAGGAGUCUUUCCACAGCUACUUCAGCAGAGAGCACAGCCGGCUGCUGGCGAUCUGGCGUCAGGUGGUGGGGUUCCGGAGGCACGUCUGUGAGAUGAAGACCGCCACUGAAAGGGAUUUGUCAGAUCUGCGCAACGAGCUGGCUCGGAUGUCCCACUCUGCACAGGUGUCCUGCUCGGGACUUUCUGCCACGCUGCACAGCCGAGAAGGAGGAGCGGCUCUGGCCCUGGAGCAGGAGAAGGCGCUGAGGGUUCAGAUGGAGCAGCAGCUGAGGGACCGCGUGGCAGAGAUGAUGACCUUUCAGGCCCGGACAGAUGCAGAGAGGAGUGAGCUCGGUGUCAGGAUGUCCGACAUAGUACGAGAAUGUGAGAAACUCAAGGGCCAGAUCGAGGAGAGAGACGGAGAAAUUUCCACACUGAAGGGAAGGCUCGAGGAGCAGAGCGGCAGUGAAGAGACGGACAUGCAGCUGAUGCGAGCCCACACCGAAACACUGCUGGACACCCUGAGGGACAUUGCUCAGACGGUCCUGUCGGAUGGGGAGUCGUCAUCAGAAGCAGAUCAGGACAACUCCGCGGCUCCCCUGCUGGCCUUGAUUCGGGACUCGCCUUCUUGUCGGCCCUCCUCUCCUCGAAGGCCAUCACCCCCCCCUCGAGCCUCCUCGCUGUCUCCCCUCUCUGAAGCAGCACUGUCUGCUCUCCGUUCGGCAGUCACUACCAAGACCCUCCAGCUGCAGGAUGUUCGAGGUCGUCUUCUCUCUGCCCAGUCAUCUGUACAACACUUACGAAAGCAGCUGUCGGAGUCAGAUUCUGCUAAAAGAGAUUCGGAACAGCGAAAUGUAGCAUUGCAGCAAGAGAGGGAUGCUGCUCAGAGGGAGCGGGAGACCACACAGAGAGAGAAGGACCGUCUGAAGCAGGAAAGAGACACACUGGCCAGUGAGAAGCUGAACUUGGAGAAAACGGUUCAGGCAGCACAGAGCAGCCACCAGAUCCUGCAGAUGGACUAUGAGAAGCUUCAACUGGCAGCGGCCUCCACGCAGCGAGAGCGAGACCACGAGAGGGAGGAGAAGGAGGCUGCCAUUCAGGAGAGAGACCGGGCAAAGGCAGAGACUCAGAGGGUCCAGAAGCAGUGGGAUCAGAGUGAGAGUCGAGCCUCGGCCCAGCGUGGAGAGCUGUCCGCGGUGAGGGAGACUUACCAACAGGAGGAGGUCCAGAGGCAGCUGCUGGAGCGGGAGAAGGCCCAACUCACUGAAGCACUGGCUCAGGUCGAGAGCAGCAACCUCGAGCUGUCCCUGCAGCUCAGCAAGCUGCAGUCUGAGGAUGCUGCUCUCAGAGACUCUCUGGUAAAGAUGGGCAGCUUGAAUGAGGCCCUGGCCCAGGACAAAGCAUACCUGAACACCUAUAUCCUCCAGCUUGAGGAGGAAAAGGUCCUCCUGCAGACUCAGAAACGUGUGGCAGAACAAGAGAAGCUCACCAUCAGGGACGAGCUGGUCCGGCUGGAGCAGGGCCGGCUGGAGCUGGAGUCUGCGCGCAGCACGCUGCAUCAGUCCCUGCAGGACACCGAGCUAAGCCGGGCGGGGAUGGAGGCCGAGCUGCAGAGCCUGAGGACAGAGAGAAUGAAACUGCAGGACAAAGUCACCCAGCUUUGUGGCGAGAUUACAUCACUUGGGUCGGAGUUAAGUCUGGCGAGGGGAGAAGGCCAGAGGAACGAGGUGGCCUUAGAGGAGGCUGGCCGCAGUCGGACAGAACUGGCCCGAGACAAAGCAGCUCUGGUGGUUCAGCUGACGGCAUCUGAGAGAGAAAACACCGUGCUGUCCGAGGAGUUGGCUGCUUUCAGGUCGGAGCGAGAGUCACUGGAAACGAGUCUGUUCGAUGUGCAGCAGCAGAUCGUGCAGCUGGAGUCUCGCAGAGAGCAGCUGGAAACGGAGAACCAAAACCUGCGAGUCCGAUGUGAGACUGCUGCAGCUGAGCUGAGACGCGUGCGCUCAGACGGGGAUGAUGCACUGGCGCAGGCUGAGAAAGAGAAGCAGGCCCUGACGCAGAGUCUAAACGCUGCCCAGAUGGAGGCACAGCAGUUUUUACACAAGGCCAUCUCUGAUCACCAGGAGGAGGUUGCACGGCUGGUGUCAGAGAAGGAAGUGGUACGGCACAGUUUGCAAAUGGAGCAUGAGGCUGCUCUGAGGAAACUCAGGCAGGACAUGGAGGAUCAUCUCCACAGAGCAAAGAGAGAAAGAGACGAGCUGCAUGAAGAAAUGAGGACUCUGCAACAUGAGAGAGAUCAGUGUCUGCUGCAGGCAGAGACAGAGAAACAGCAGGCCCUUUCACUGAAGGAGGCAGAAAAGGCAGUUUUAUCUGACAAGCUCUUCAGUCUGCAUGCUGAGCUGUCAGCUGCAGUAAUGGAAGCUGAGCGGAUCAACAGAGAAGCGGCACUUUUCAAAGAGCAGGAGCAGAUCAGAGUUGGAGCUCUGACCACUGAGCUGCUGGAGCUUCGCUCUCAGCUUGAAGAGGCAGCUUCUGCCCAUGAGAGGGAGCUUCAAAGUCUACGGGAAACUUGCGCUGAUCUUCAUUUGCGUGUUGACGCUGCUCUCAAAGAGCUGGAGGAGUGCAGAGCUUCCCUCUCUGCUGCUGAGGAGGGUCGAGAUCAGUUGAGGCGGGACUUGUUGGAGAAUGACCGUCGUCUACACCACGCUCAGGACUCCUCAGAGAACCACAGGAGAGAGGGGUCGGAGCUGCGUCGCAGCCUCUCCGAUGUCACCAAGGAGAGAGAUGCCCUUAACCAGUCAAAUGUUCAGCUGAGAGAAGCUCUGCGCAGUGCCGAAACCGAGAGAAUCAGUGUGAAGCGGCAGUGUGAGGAGAAGGCGCAGAGGCUGGCUGUGCUGGAGGAGAACUUUUCAUCCUCUCAGAAGGAGGUGACGGACCUGCGAAGCUGUCUGAGAGAGGUUGAGAGGUCUCGACUUGAAGCUCGGCGAGAGCUGCAGGAGCUGCGCAGACAGGUCAGGCGCGCUGACCUCCUGAAGCUGGAGCUCUCUGCAUCCGGUCAGUGGGAUGAACGGGAAAUCGCAACGGAGCUGAAGGUUCUGGACGGGGAGAAAGAGCAGAGGGGGAGAGAGGUGGCAGAACUUCAGAAUCGUCUAUUACUGGAGGAGCAGAGAGAGGAGGAGAGGGCAAAAGAGGUUUUCAGCUUCAAACAGAAGCUCAUUGAAGCUGAAACAGUCAGAGACUCCCUGAAGAAAGAGCUCUCUGGGACUCAGAGGCGACUGGUGGAGUCUGAGAAGGGCUGGCGGAGCAGCGAGAGGGACCUGAUGGCUCAGCUGCAGGAGGCGCGCGGCUGCGAGAAGAAGCUCCAGGACGAAGCCAAGAAUCUGUCGCUGCGCACGCAGGCGGCCCAGGACGCCGCCGCGCAGUCCGGCCUGCAGCUGAGCGAAGCGCAGGGCCGGCUGGCCGCCACCGAGGCCGAGCUGACCCGGGCCGAGGCCGGCAGGAGGGACCUAGAGUUUCGCCUGAGCAGCCUCCAGUCGGCGCUGACACGCACGCUGGGCAUCGGGGCGAGUGGCCGGGGAGGGAGAGGGAGGAGCCCGGGAGGGAGCUCCACGUCGCCGGGCAAAUUUCGAGGAAGCACCCCAGACAACACUUUAGGCUCAGGCGCUGCCUCUCCCGAGAGAGGGGACACACCGUUGGCUCUCUCUCAGUCAGACCUGGACCACGAUAGUCUGCGAAGCGGCCUCAGAGACUUCAUCCAGGACCUGCGUGAUGCUCAAAAAGAGAGGGACGAUGCGCGGCGGCUGCUGGUCGCCCUGCAGCGGGAGCUGGAGGAGCUGAGGGGGGAACGAGAGUCUGCCCAGAGCCGCCUCACCCAGCUGCAGAAUACCCUGCAUGAGUGCCAAGAAGGGAAGCGUGGGCUGGAUGAGCGUCUGAGCACCUCUCAGAUUCUGCUGCAGCAGCAGGAGGAGACGGGGAGGAGAGGCGACAGAGAGCGGAGGGCGCUGGCCGACCGGGUGAAGGACUUGGAGCGCUCUCUGCAGGCCUCAGAGACAGACAAGAAGCACGCCCAGGACCAGUUAAAUAAGCAGCGUGCGGCUGAGAUGCGUCUGGACGCAGAGAGACGGCGCCUGCGGGAGGCGCUAGAGGUGGCCGAGGCUCGGGCCACCAGGGUGGAGCUGGGGAGGCGCAGCCUGGAAGGGGAGCUCCAGAGAUUCAAACUGAGCGUGGGGGACAGAGAGGCUGAGAGCCAAGCUUCUCAGGAGCGCCAUGACUCUCUGCUCAAACAGGUGGCAGAGGGAGAAGCCCGAGUGUCUCUGCUUCAGAGAGAGGUGGAGAGGCUGAGCCAGGCUCUGCUCAGAGCUCAGGAGGGUGAAUCUGCGCUCAAAGAGAAGACGGCGUCUCUCAGCCAGACGCUGCAGGAGGCGUCGGCUGCCCACAGCAGCACGCAGGGCCGGCUAGAACGAGCGGAUGAAACUCGAGCAUCACUGGGUGAAGCGAAGAGAAACAUGGCCGCCCUCACUGAGCGCGUAGAGAGCCUGCAGAGAGAGCUGAACCAGAGUGAGCUGCGGCGAGAAGAGCUGGAGUCCGAGCUCCACGGCGCUCAGGAGGCCCUGCGUCAGCGCUCCAACAGCCUGGUGGAGUACCAGCGCAGUGCCCAGUCGGCUCAGACCGAGCGGGCCACUGUGGAGGAGCGACUGCGCGGGCUGCAACGGGCCGUCGCCAUGCUCGAGACGGAGAAAAAAGACGCCGAGAGACAGGCCCUGAGACUGGAGAAGGACAAGAACGCACUGAGGAACACGCUAGAUAAGGUUGAACGUCAGAAGCUGAAGACUGAGGAGGGCAGCAUGCGGCUGUCCGCAGAGAAAGGCCGUCUGGACCGCUCCCUGAACACGGCGGAGCAGGAGCUGCAGGAGGCGCAGCAGCAGAUUCUGAUGCUGCAGGUGAGAAUCCUCCCAGGCUCGGAGCUGCCGCAUGGUGGGCAAAAGACUCAGCUGGCUGACCUGGAGCAGUCGCACAGUCUGUGUGAGGGUUUGCUCCGGCAGCGCGACGAGGUCCAGCGCGAGGCUGAGAGACUGAGGACCAGCUUCAGGGAGAUGGAGCGAACGCUGAGCACCAGAGAGCGUGCUCACCGCCACAGAGUGAAAGGACUCGAAGAGCAGGUGUCCACGCUGAAGGAGCAGCUGCAGCAGGAGAUGAAACGCCGGCAGCCCUCUCUUCCACCUUCAUUAUUGCCGGCAGGGAAGUGA